AAGCGGAGCGCGGCCAUGUGGUUGCCAGGGUUUUUGGGUUUUUUUGCAUCUCCGGGACGUCAGAUAUGCAGCCCAUCUGGGCUCCAUGUGUGUCUGUUGCUUCAGUGACCUCUUCUGCCGGACUGGCCUUUGCAGUGGAAGCAAUGCAAGCGUUUAAGUUCAGCACUUGGAAAGAGAGGCGACUUUGGUCGGCGUGCAGUUGCAGCGGGGUUUUUUGGGCGGCCAGAUGUUUUUCAAGCAAGCAGAAGCAUCUGCCGGCACGAUUUGGGUCGCCUGGUCAGGGAGGGGACGAGGGGAACCGGCAGCAGCACGACAGCCAUCAGACUCGGACGUCCGAACAGGUCAACCCCGAGUCACCGCCACCUCCCCGAAGCUGCAAACCCCCAAAGGACAGUCGGCCGCCGGGGUGGAAGUACAAGAAGAGCCCGGGGCCGGCUGCAUCAUCCAGAGAGGAAUUUAGAAACUUGAGAGAAGAUGAUUUUUCAAAACUGCGGAGACGGCGCUCGCAGAAGUCUUCGUCCGUUCAAAGAACACAAGGCUCUGAGAUCUUGUUUGGCAUCGGCCCCUGCUCCAUAGCCUUCUCGCAGGCCAAGAGGAACUUUUUCCAGUUAUUCGUAAAGUCGAGCAGCAGCGGCCUGCGCCCGGUAAUGGAAGAGUUUGUCCAGCAAGCUAAGGCCCGUGGGGCAUCUGUGCACUACGUCAGGAGGGAGGUGCUGGAUACCCUUUGUAAAGAUGAGGUGCACCAGGGAGUUUGCUUAGAGGCUUCUCCCCUCGGCCUCAAAAGCAUAGAGGAGACUGAGGUUCCUGCCUGUCAGGAUCCACAGCAGAUCUGGCUGGUGUUGGAGCAGAUACAAGAUCCCAUGAAUCUGGGCACGUUGCUCCGCUGCGCGUACUUCUUAGGGGUUGACCAAGUGGUGAUGAGCAGAAGCAACAGCUGCCCCCUGACACCAGUAGUGAGCAAAGCCAGCGCUGGAGCUAUGGAAAUUUUGGACGUCUACAGCACGGAUGAUAUUCCAAGAUUCCUGAAGGCUAAAAUUGAAGCAUGCUGGGAAGUCGUAGGAACUGUCAGCAAAUCUGAGGUUGAAGGAAAUAUCCCUGUCGUCGACUGCUUAGACUUCCAAUGGGAAAAACCCACUGUUUUAGUCCUAGGGAAUGAAGCCAGUGGACUUUCCCCAGGGACGCGAAGCUUGUGCCACAAGAUGCUGACCAUCCCCCCUGGAAUAGCCUUGCAUCCUGGACUGGAUUCAUUAAAUGUCUCCGUAGCUACUGGGAUCCUCUUGCAUUCCAUACUGAGGCAAAAAGCAAAGCAGCACAAUGCAAUUUCACCCUGAAUUGUGCACAUCUUUUGAAAUCCAGCCUAUUUAAGAAGCAGAAGUGUUCAGUGGUGCGUGGUUUCGUUGGUGGUCGAUACAGGUGGAUAUGCAGAUGCAGUUUUUGGGCAGGUUUCCAGUCUUUUCACAGCUGCAAGCUAAGGAGACUGUGAUCAUUGAGCCUCCUCCAGGGGAAUAUUUACCGUAAAAUUUAAAAGCUUCCCAGUUAUGCCCACGGGAGUCCCAGAGUCCAGUCUGCGUCUGCACACAAUUGCACCUGAGCAUCGAAUACACCUGCCUCUUCAGACUGCACGUACAGGCUGCUGAAUAGUCCUAGUUCUUACAUAUCUGAACUUCAAGAGAAAAGACAAAUAGAGGAUGCAACAAAGAAAGGUGUAGCCUUUAAAACCAAAAAGCCAAAUCCUUCAGUCUUAACUGAGGCAAAGCAUCCACCAAAAGCAACAAGCCUUGUGUGCUCACUUAUAAUAAUGGAAACCAGUGCAAUGAGGUAAAUGAUAACCAGGCUCACUGAGAGCCUUAGCACAGUAAGGAGUGCAGAGUCUGGUCCAUGUUGUGUAUGUUCUUCGCAGGACGAUGCUAUUUCCCACUAUUGUUUAAACAUCUGAAAAAGUGUUGCAUUGAAUUUGACUGAUAAAGAGGGGUGUGAACUCAGUGCUCUGAUAGAUGUGACCUGCUGCUAAAUUCACCCGAGGAGAAAAUAAAUGGAGCCCACUAAAAUAAAAUCUCUGGAAGAUUUGU